AUUGAUGGGUUUUGAUAGAGCUCUGCAGCUGCCCAGCAGCCGUCGCCCCGCGGUCCUCGCCUCUUUUUCCCGUCUAGCAGAACCUCUCUUGGCGUCCUGUAUUGGUUACCUAGAAAGAGGAUCUGAACCCAACGCAGCUGGAGGUCGGUUCCCCGGUCUGGAUGAGAAAACCGGCCGCAGCUGUAACUCCAUACCGUUAUUCCGCCUGGAUCGAUGUGAAUCCUGGGGGAAAGUAAAGAUGGCAGCCGCUGGCCCCUCACGGACUCCGUAGUUUGACGGACAGAUCUCCCAGAAGGUUCCCCUGCAUCUCCUCAGCUUGGAGGCACCAUGUCUGCAGCUCAAACCGAAAAGGAGAGCAGCGAGGCGGGCUGGGGGUGUCUGGAGUCUCUGGGGCUUAGUCAGAGAGAGCUGGUUCUGGCCGAGGCCCUCCAGAUGGAGUACGAUGCUCUCUCCAGACUUAAACAGGACAAGAACGGGACUGGAACCAGCCACACAGAACCUGGAGCUCCCAGCCAAACCAGCUUAAAGACUCCAAAUCCUUCUACAGAUCGAGCCCGGCCCAUGCCCAGUCAGAACCUUCCCGCCCCCUCAGGAGGGAACCUGCUGAUGGAUCUCUCUGGAUCAGACUCUUCACUGAACCAGCCUGGGGGGUCCCAGUUUCCGCUUCCCCUCCCACCCAGGCCAUCCCCUCCUCAAGGGGUGUUCAUGAAGGAGUCCCCCUACAUCCUGGACUGUCCUGAGGUCAGUAAGUUCAGGGACCUCACUGGAUCCAGCCCUGAGGACUCAUUUGGACCAAGCUUAGGGUUUCUUUCUAAAAGCUCUUCCCUCCCUGACGAUGUUCCCCCUGCCAUCCCACCCAGACAUCCCCUGCGUCCUCCGUCAGGGUCAGAGAUCCCCUUCCUGCCCCCCCGACCACCUACCGCCCCCCGAGACGUGAACCUGUUUCAGCCUGAAGUGGACCAGCUGAAAGUGACCUCAGCAGAACUGAACUAUGACAUCAUCAAUGACUCACUCUCAAGACUCAACGAGGGCAGACCUCCACUGCCAGCUCGGCACACUAACGGGGACCAACCAGGGAAGCCCGUGGCUCGCAGUAAGACCCUCCCACCACAGGUGCCUCCCAGGACCUACAUACCUGCAGUGAAGAGCUACAAGAACCUGCGGCGGGUUUCUGCAGACCCGGUGUCUCUGGGCUCCAGGACCAAUGGAUUUGGAUGCGAGCUGUUCCAGGUGUCAGAGGAGAGAGACGAGGAGGUGGCGGCUUUCUGUCACAUGCUGGAUGUGCUGCGCUCAGCGUACCCUUACAGUGACCGAUCUAAGAACUCGGGCUUCGUGUGGUCUCCCUCUGUCGGCCAUGAUGAGCUGCACCUGGCUCUUGGAGUGGGCGUGAAGGUGACGGUGGUCAGCGAGGACUUCAGGGAACCUCUGACCUUCCCCUGUGAUGGCUCAUCCACAGUGGACCUGCUGAUCUAUCAGACUCUGUGCUACACUCAGGAGCACCUGGACCACCUGGACGUGGACAACUACCUGCUGAAGGUUUGCGGACAGGAAGAGUUCCUCAACAACUCUCAGACUCUGGCUGGUCUGGAGUUUGUCCAACAGUGUCUGAAGUUUGACUGGGACAUCCGGCUGUUUCUCACCAAGAGAUCUAUUAUCAGCACCAAGCUGGCCCGCACGAAGGAAGAUGAUGAUACGGCGUCUUCCCUGAACCACUGCAUCCUGCUGCAGGAGCGUCCAAUCAAACAGACCGUCACCAGGGAGGCUCUGACUCUGCUGCUGGACACGUUUCACAAUGAGGCAGAGUCCUUUCUGCUGUCUGAGGUGGAGCUACUGCUGCAUGUGGAGCGCCUUGUCCAAUCAGUGAAGGCCCUCUGCAGCUCAUUAGCUGCUGUGGAGACCCCAGAUGUGACAGCAGCCUUAAACCAGCUCCCAGCGUGUCCCUGUCGUCUGCAGCCAAAGGUUCUAAAGGAUGCUUCAGUGCUGUCACUCAGAGAGAACAGAGAGUCGGUGGUGGAGAAGCUGACGGCAGCCAUCUUGGACCUGGUUGAGCUGUACUGCGGCACGUUUAACGCUAACUUCCACACCACACCGCAGAGUCGGAGCUGCACUUCGCCAGUGCAAGAAGCUGGCCUCGUCACCAACGUGCUGUCUUUCACUGUGUACGCGGCCCACCGAGUCCCCAUCACCUGGGCCACCAGUUACGAGGGUUUCUUCCUGUCCUGCUCUCUGACUCACGGAGAAGCGGAGCUCUGCGCGCCGCAGCACACCAGCAAACAGGCCGUCAGUAAAUACCUGUUCCACCUGGUGGUGUGGGACCAGAGGGUGUGUUUCCCAGUUCAGAUCAACCAGCUGCCUCGGGAGUCCCAGCUGACCGUAAUGCUGUACGCCAGCCCACUGCCGCCCCCUGGAGGAGCGGAGGAUAAGGGCAAGCAGAGGCGCAGCGUAGAGGCUCUGGGCUGGGUCACCAUGCCGCUCUUUAACUUCAGACAUGUCCUGACAUGCGGCAGGAAGUUACUGGGUCUGUGGCCUUCAAUGCCAGGGAGGAGCGGAAAUGCCAGAACCAGUUCUCCCAACUUCAACCAGCCUGACAGUGUCAUCCUGCAGGUGGACUUUCCCACAUCCUCCUUCGAGGUGUUCUUCAGUACUCCUGCUUCUGCAGACUUCUGUCCUCAGUACGACUUCAGCAGACUGGACACCAUCAGUCAGAUCCAGCUGCAGGACGUCCUGCAGAAAAAGGCCUUCUUCUGGUUGACUACUGUGGACAAGCAGCUGCUUUGGGAGAAGAAGGCCUUCUGUCAAUCAGAAAGUGCGGCGCUGCCUCUUGUUCUGGCCAGUGCCCCCUGCUGGCAGUGGGCAUGUCUGCCUGAAAUCUAUGCUCUGUUGCGCCAGUGGGCGUGUCUGGGUUACCUGGACGCUCUGGGCCUGCUGCAUGCAUCGUUCCCAGAUCAGGAACUGAGGAGGACGGCAGUCCAGUGGAUGGACUCCAUAUCAGACCCGGAGCUGCUGGACUUCUUGCCUCAGCUAGUUCAGGCUCUGAAGUACGAGUGCUACCUGGACAGCUCCCUGGUCCGGUUCCUCCUACGAAGAGCCAUCGGGGACAUUCGGAUUGCUCACUACUUGUUCUGGUUGCUGAAGGACAACCUACAAGACAGUCAGUUCAGUGCUCGCUAUCAGCACCUACUGGCCGCUCUUCUUUGCUGCGUGGGCCGAGCUCUGAGGGACGAGUUUGACCUGCAGUGCUGGCUCGUCUCUAUCCUCACCAAGGUUGCCCAGAAGGUCCGAGAUGCCACGCCUUCCAGCAGACAGGGUGUCCUCAGAGAGAGUCUAGAUGAGAUGAAGCAGUUCUUCACAAUGAACAGCAGCUGCAGACUACCUCUGAACCCAGCGCUUCACGUCUCAGGGAUCAACAUCCAGUCCUGUUCCUUCUUCAACUCCAACGCUGUCCCUCUAAAGCUGUCCUUUCAGAACCUGGACCCCCGAGGAGACAACAUCAGUGUCAUCUUCAAGUCAGGAGACGACCUGCGGCAGGACAUGCUGACCCUGCAGAUGAUUCGAAUCAUGAACAAAAUCUGGAUCCAGGAGGGGCUGGACAUGAGGAUGGUAAUCUUCAAGUGCUCCUCUACAGGCAGAGGACGAGGUAUGGUGGAGAUGAUUCCUCAUGCUGACACUCUGAGGAAGAUCCAGGUGGAACAUGGAGUCACAGGAUCCUUCAAGGAUCGGACGCUGGCCGACUGGCUGCAGAAACACAACCCCACUGAUGAGCAGUACGACAAGGCGGUGGAGAACUUCAUCUAUUCAUGCGCUGGCUGCUGUGUGGCCACCUACAUCCUAGGAAUCUGUGACCGCCACAACGACAACAUCAUGCUGAAGACCAGCGGCCACAUGUUCCACAUCGACUUCGGAAAGUUCCUGGGACACGCCCAGAUGUUUGGAAACAUCAAACGGGACCGCGCCCCCUUCGUCUUCACCUCAGACAUGGCGUACGUCAUCAACGGAGGAGACAAACCUUCCAGCCGCUUCCAUGAAUUUGUGGAUCUGUGCUGCGAGGCGUACAACCUGAUCCGCAAGCACACACACCUGUUCCUCAACCUGCUGGGCCUGAUGUUGUCCUGUGGGAUCCCUGAACUGUCUGAUCUGGAUGAUCUGAAGUACGUCUAUGAUGCUCUGAGACCUCACGAGUCUGAGGCUGAUGCUACCAUGUACUUCACCAGGCUGAUCGAGUCCAGUCUGGGCAGCGUUGCCACCAAACUGAACUUCUUCAUCCACAACCUGGCUCAGAUGAAGUUCGCCACCUCGGAGGAUCGGCCCUCGUUGUCCUUUGCUCCCAGAGUCCACACGGCGAGGAGCGACGGCAUCAUCAAGAACCUCUACAUCAGCAAACACAUUCCCACGGCCCAUAAAGGCUACACGUUUGUGGUGAAGGUGGAGCGUGAAGGUCAGCAGGAGGUGCAGCUGGUUCAGAGGACGUUUGAAGAGUUUCAGGAACUUCACAGCAAACUGAGGCUUCUCUUCCCUUCAUCCAAACUGCCCAGUUUCCCUAGCCGCUUUGUGAUUGGCCGUUCACGUAGCGAGGCGACGGCGGAGAGGAGGAAGGACGAGCUGAACGGCUAUGUGUGGCACCUGACCCACGCGGCACCAGAGGUGGCUCAGUGUGACCUGGUCUACACCUUCUUCCACCCUCUGUCCAGAGACGAGAGAACUGCAGGAAAUGGCAGCAAACCAGCAGAGGUGUUAUGGUCUCCAGCUGCUGGAACGGAGCUCGGUGAAAUCAAACUGUCCAUCUCCUACAAGAACAAUAAGCUCUUCAUCAUGGUGAUCCACAUCAGAGGCCUGCAGCCCCUGCAGGAAGGCACAGACCCAGACCCCUAUGUGAAGCUCUACCUGCUGCCGGACCCCCAGAAGACGAGCAAGAGGAAGACGAAGGCAGCGCGACGCACCUGUAACCCCACCUACAAUGAGAUGCUGGUCUACGAUCGUAUCCCCCGGGGGGACCUGAACCAGAGGGUGAUCCACCUGAGGGUUCUGAGUGACGGGGCUUUCUGGGAGAACACGCUGCUGGGGGAGACCUUCAUCUCCCUGACCAGGCUAGUCCCGGGUCAGCACUGGGUAGACUGGCACCAACUGGGUAGGGCUGGCUUAGACUCCACCCACUGAGAGAUGGGAAGCAAAGGGAAGUUAUUUCAAAGUAAAAGUUCCUGCAGGAGUUUAGCUGUAGAUUUCAGGCUUUCCAUCACAGCUGGUGGAUCAAGAACAUUUCAGAUGAUUUUAAUGUGAUGUUUGGGUGAAGCUGGACUAACUUGUUUUACCUGGAGUCUGUCCAGUAACAUGAUGGAGCUGCUGCAAGGUGGCUCUGGUUCCGGGUCCAGAGAUGUCUUCUUUACAUUGCUCUCUGACUGACACUAGUCAGAAACAUGAAAUAACGAGCUGGACUUUUCACUGAGGAGAUGCAGGAGAAGAAAACGACUGAGAGCGAGACGGACACUUUCUCAUUUCUCUGCAGGAAACCAACUGGUGAAUCAAUGAAUGGACUCAGAUUUUGUCCUUAGAACAAAACAAGGAUUAGCUCAGAGUUGAAGGGUUUGGACCCUCUGAGGUCAGCUGAUGUUCUGCUGCUUGAUCCUGUUUUAUGACCUUUCUGGCAGAUUUUAUCUCGUUUUUUGCGCUGUAGACCAGAUGAAUGUGGCAGCUGCAGGACUUGGACAUCUCCCUGACUCGGAUGGGUCCGGCUGCAGGCCGUCAGCAUAAAAUACUAUGGUGAAAAUCAGGCUGAUUGUUCACCUCCCAGCUCUCCCAGUAUCAUGAAGCUCGGUUUUGGCUGUCUUUACUGUAAUCUGGCUGACAGACGUGUGAUUGGGUAUUUCUCAGCUGUAAACACUGAUUGGCUGAAGCUUCCUGUGCCCCUACCUUCCUUGACAAACAGUGCAGAGGGUCAGAGGUCUGUUUGCAGCUGUGGGUUUCCCAGCUUCAGUGAAACUGCUCAAAGCAAACAGACAGAGUUGGUCUCAGCAGGUAACUGCAGCUCACCUGCUACCAUGAUGCUAACUCCUGUUUCAGGACCAGCUAGCUGUCUUCCAGAGUGAGCACGCUGAUGGCUGCAGGACAGAGCGGAUGUUCACUGGUUGUCUCCCAGGAAUCUGAUCUGUGCAGCAGGAAGGCGUGGUCUGGAUGCCACUUAAUGACCCAUUCAGAUCCAUCAGUGAGAGUGGCCACACCCACUUUGACCAUGUGACCGAUAUAAACAAUACAGAUAAAAAUCUUUUCAGUGUCGAUGAAUCUGCAGAAUCUGAUGAAUUAACGAGCAGGUGAUCUGUGGGUGUUUAUAUUUUAGUGGUUAAUGAUAUCAUAGAAUCUGAUUGCUGUGAUUGGCUAUUUCUGACCUCGCCUGGCAGGCAAACUCCUCCCACACCGCCAUGACAUCAGUUCUACCCAGGAAGCCCAUCGGCUGACCAUUCUCUAUUCUGCAGAUCCAUGACUGUGAUUGGUCCCCUGGUCCAAACUCCACCUGAUUUACGUUCCCAUGAUCCAGAGUCAGAAAACCUGCACUGGUUUACAGAGGUCUGAUGGGGUUCAUUUUGCACAACACCCAGGCGCCAAAUUGGACCUGGUGAACCUGCAGAUUGGAUUAAGGUUCAACAAGACAGACGUGAUGAUAGAAGCAGCAACACAGAAUCGAUUCAGGUGAUGCAAAGGUCAGAGCAUCCACCAUGUCCCAGUUCAGUGAGCAGUUUAAGCCUGCAGCCCCCACUUGACCAAACUAAACCUUAUAAAAUGUGACGAGUUUCUUUAACUGGAAUCUUUUUUUUAUUAUUAUUUGCACUAAAAACAAUAAACUUGAAGAGAAAAA